UUCAUCUUCUUCUUCUUCACAAAAACCCUUGUGAUUUUAUAUGCAUUAGUGGGUUGUAGCUUACCAACCCUCAAGAACACAAAUGGAGAAUUUCCAUCUCCUGUUUCUUGUUUUAUCAUCCUCUGUUUUUGUUCUCAGUUAUGGGUUUUCCAAGAAUCUUCCCACUUUAUCGUUUGAUGAAGGCUAUUCGCAGUUAUUUGGUCAUAAUAAUCUAAUCGUCUUAAAAGAUGGCAAAUCUGUUCACUUAUCUCUUGAUGAAAACACAGGUUCUGGAUUUGUGUCACAAGACCUCUACCUCCAUGGAUUCUUCAGUGCCUCCAUUAAGCUUCCUGCUGAUUACACAGCCGGUGUGGUUGUUGCUUUUUAUAUGUCAAAUGGAGAUAUAUUUGAGAAGAACCAUGAUGAAAUUGAUUUUGAGUUUUUGGGAAAUAUUAGAGGCAAAGAAUGGAGGGUUCAGACCAAUAUUUAUGGGAAUGGAAGCACAAACGUUGGGAGAGAAGAAAGAUAUGGUCUUUGGUUUGAUCCUUCUGAUGAUUUCCAUCAAUAUAGCAUCCUUUGGACUCACACUCACAUCAUAUUUUAUGUUGACGAUAUUGCGAUAAGGGAGAUCAAACGAACAGGAUCGAUGGGCGGGGACUUUCCGUCGAAGCCGAUGACUUUGUAUGCAACGAUAUGGGAUGCUUCCGAGUGGGCUACAAAUGGAGGCAAGUAUAAGGUAAAUUACAAAUAUUCCCCUUACGUUGCCGAGUUCUCUAACUUUGUCCUCCAUGGAUGCACGGUGGACCCCAUUGAGCUCUCGUCGUUCAAAUGCGAAGCCACACCAAAACCUAACACGAUCCCUACGGGCGUCACGCCUUCACAAAGGACGAAAAUGGAAAGUUUUAGAAAGAAGCACAUGCAAUAUUCGUAUUGUUAUGACAAAAUAAGGUACAAAAGUCCGCCAUCCGAGUGCAUGAUUAACCCUAAAGAAGCUGAGCGGCUGAAGAAGUUUGACCCUGUGACGUUUGGUGGCGGCCGCGGCAGCCACCACCACCACCACCACCAUGCGAAGAGACACCGCCGGAGCCAAUCAGUAUCUAUUUAAGGAGGAGGGUCGUAGUUUUCUCUGUAUUGCUAUAAUUUUCUCUAUAAUUACGUGGUUAUCAGUUUUUGGUUGAUUUUUAUGUGAAUAGAGAUAAAAUUUGUUUGGUGUUUAUGGGAAAAAUUGUUUUAUAUUUGGGC